AUGUCUGGUACCGUCCACUUCCUUCCUUCGAAUACAGAAUCUCUCCGCGACCUUUCCUUCCUAACAGUCGUUGGAACUCAAACGCCCUCGCUGCUGAGCAAUGCAAAUGGAGGCGAAAUCGCGUGCAUUCAAGGUCUAUCCAAAGUGGCGUGUUAUAACGCCCAACUGGCUUGA